AUGGGACAGUUUAAGAAGCACUGCAGUUUUAAGCACAUGUGUCAAAACAAAACAAAUUAGCCGACUUUGAAUACUAUUUUAGUUGAUACAAAAUAACAAGAAAAACUAAAAAGUAAUAAAGCAUGCAAGUGGAAAACUUGUACACUUCGGUGGCCUGCAAUCGAUGCACGGAAUGCGCGGAUUGGGGUCCAAAUGGCUGGAUUGCCUAUGGGGCCUGCAAUGCCGUAGCGAUAAUGGAUCCGAAGUUUAAAGGCAACUCGGCCAAGAUCCUGUUUACACUAGUGGAGCAUACAAAGCGAGUAAACACUGUGAGGUGGUUGAAUAAAGGGACACUGCUUUCCGGCGGCGAUGAUGCAAAUGCGGUUUUUUGGGAGUUGGACGAAAGUGGAGCCACCAACCGUAUCGUACUCAAAGGGCACACGAGUGGAGUUAAUGCAGUGGAUGGAGUUCGUUGGCAGGACGGAUCAUGGCUUCUCGUCACUGCUGCGGCAGAUAGCACAAUUAAAUGUUGGCAAGAGAACGAAGACAUUUUUGUGUGUUAUCAAACCAUAUCUCUAUCUGAAGGAUUUUGCUUUUCUCUUCGGCUAAAGAAGCUGCCCAAUAGUAAUCAUUUUCUGCUAGCUACCAGUGGCGAUGACGAGACUGUUUCCUUGUGGACAGAGCAAGAAAACAAAUAUGCAGACCUGGAGUUCCACCGCGUCCACAAACUGGCAGGCCACGAGGAUUGGAUUCGAGGGCUGGACUUCGUGGAAGAUGGAGAGGAUUUGCUGCUGGCCAGCGGCUCACAGGAUAAUUUCAUUCGGCUCUGGAGAAUCGCGCCUCGUAGUGAGGAGCAAAUGCGCGAGAAUCGGAUUGACCUGCUACAGAUAAACAAUAGCGACAGCGAAAUAAAGGUAGAGGAAAAGAUACUGGAACUUGGGAAGGAGGCCUGGUAUGCAGUUAGCUUGGAAUCGGUUUUAUAUGGCCACGAGGGAUGGAUUUAUGGUGUACAAUGGCAUAAGACUCAAGAGGAAGAGCUUCGUCUUCUUUCCGCCUCAAUUGACAAGACCCUCAUAGUUUGGGCUCCCACGGAGCAAGGCGUUUGGCUGGAGCAGGUUCGGGUUGGCGAAGUAGGUGGAAACUCGAUGGGCUUCUUUGGUGGAAAGUUCUCCAGCGAUGGACAUUCGAUCCUGGCUCACAGUUACCAAGGUGGAUUCCACAUUUGGAAUCAGGAUCUAAAUCGCCCACAACUUUGGACAUCAAAUGUCAUUGUGGGAGGUCACUAUGGCGAAGUGAGGGACUUGGCUUGGGAGCAUGACGGCGCCUAUUUGAUGACCGUUUCAGCGGAUCAAACAACACGACUGCACGCUCCUUGGCUGCAAGAGGAUGCUAAUCCUACUUGGCACGAGCUGGCGCGUCCUCAAGUUCAUGGUUACGACAUGCAGGCUUUGGCUUUGCUUUCGCGUUACAAAUUUGCCAGCGGAGCCGAGGAAAAGAUCGUGCGCACCUUUCAGGCGCCGGCUAACUUCAUUGAAAACUUCCGUCACAUCAGUAAGAUAACAAACGAUGUGGCAGGAGAUGCUCUACUGGAUUCUCUUCCGAAAGGGGCUUCUGUCCCCUCCCUGGGUUUGUCCAACAAGGCUGUCUACAAAGUAGAAACCGAAAAUGAGGCAACCAGCAAGGGCAAAAAUGAGUAUCCCGAUAAUUACUUUGUGCCCAUUACUUUGGAAACGCCACCACAAGAGGAGACCUUAAUGCAGAACACACUUUGGCCCGAGUUGCAAAAGCUUUAUGGCCAUGGAUACGAAAUCUUUGCACUCGCUGCCACAGCCGAUGGUUCUGUUUUGGCCUCCACUUGCAAAGCUAGCAAUGCCGAGCAUGCCCAGAUUAUAUUAUGGAACCCCACAACAUGGAAGCAAUUGCAAAAGUUGAGCGGCCACCAGUUGACUGUCACCCAACUGAGUUUCUCCCCCGAUGCGCGCUAUCUUCUAUCUGUUUCCCGGGAUCGUCGCUGGUGUCUUUUUGAAAGACAGGACUCCUCUGCGGGCUACCAACUGGUGGCCAGCACAGACAAAUCCAAUGGAGUGCACACACGCAUUAUCUGGUCUUGUGAUUGGUCGCAUGACGGUCAGUACUUUGUGACCAGCUCAAGGGAGGGAAAAGUAGUGGCUUGGAAGAAGGGAGAAGACGCCGAAGAAUCUUCUCUAAACGGCUGGCAGGCGGCAGGAGUUUUGGACAUAAAAAAUGAGUCGAUUACAGCUGUGGCUUUUUCCCAUAACUAUCUAAACGGAACAGAUGACACAUACAUAGUCGCUUUGGGAACGGAAACUGGGCUGAUAAAGAUAUAUCAGUUUGCUCAAGGAGAAUGGAAGUUACUCAGUGAUUUGAAUAAAAGUCAAGCUCAUCAUCUCACCGUUCGGCGUCUGCAAUUCCGACCUGGUAAACAACUCCAGCUGGCGAGUUGCGGGGAAGAUCAUUUGGUACGCAUCUACGACAUAAAGCUUACAUGAGUUUGACUACGUGUGCAUUAAACUAGCCUUAUUAACUUCAA